AUGUGGCGGCACCUGCUUCUCCCCCUCGUCGCAGUCGUCGGUGGCGACUUGCACUAUGGGUUUAGCCAAUGCGUUAACAACCAGCGAACCCUCUACUUCUAUGCUCCGACCCGUCAAUCGUGUGAAUCGAAUUCGUCGCUUGUGGCGCUGCCUCCUGUGAAAGAUCUGUCUUGCGCUGUGCCUUGUCCACGUGGGACGUUCCUUGGGGCAGACUUUUCCGGCCCCACGCCCGUGUCAGGAUGUGAGAAGUGCCCACCAGGAACGUAUUCCCUCGGCGGGGGCAUGUUGUACUCUGGUAUGACAAACGCGUGGUCCCGGGCGCUUCCUCCUGCGUUCGACACCGAAUGCGCGUCGCGUGAUGCGAACACUGGGGCAUGGGUCAACAACUGCAUGCCAUGGACGUCGGACGUGGAUGGUGGCUACGUCAUGUCUGGGAACAAUUCGAACAUCGCGUCCACGUACAACGCGGACCGGUUGUACGCGAUCUUGCGGCUCACAGCCACGUUUGUCCGCCCCGGCAACGUCACGUUUCAAUUCAAAGUCGACGCGGAGGCCCCGUAUGACGGCCUCACGUUCAUGGUGGACGGCAUUGUCGAGAUGAAGAUGGUGUCGACCACGAAUGGAUGGGCAGAUGCCACGUUCGGCGUGUCAACGGGGUCGCACGUGUUGGUGUGGAAGUACUCAAAGAACAGUGGUGGGGACUGGGGUUUGGACCUCGCCGCGCUUCGAGUCGUUGAGAUCACAGGAACGAGCUUUGCCGACACGUUCUGCUUGCCUUGCGGCGGUGACAUGACCCGAGGGAGUCGCCGCCAGUGCCUUCUCUGCGACGCAAAUCAGUACGCUGGGCUCGACGCGAACCGGGCGUUUGCUUGCUUUCCAUGCCCUGCCAAUUCAUUUUCCCCUUCAGGCUCCCUCAGCAUCGACUCGUGCGUGCCGAGUCGCCCGUGCGACGUCACAGACAUCGCGGUGUACUACACGCCAUGUGCAAACAACAAGCGCAACGUGUCACGGCUAUGGGCCAAGCCGAUGACGUGCAACGUGAGCUUGCCGUCGUCGACACCGUUGCCAGUGAACGAGGUCAACGUGGAAUGUGGAGACUGCACCGACGGCUACUACCCCGACUCGAAUGGCGUGUGCCAAACGUGUGGGUAUGGCGAAGUCGGACCGUCCAACGUCAUUUCGCUCUGCUCCAAAUGCCCCAAAGGAACGGUCAGCGUCCGGUCGCAGCUCUAUGGCAUCAUCACACGACGGGGGUGGAGCUUGUGGCCUUCGAUCGUGAACAACUUUACGGCCAUACGAAGCGGGUGGAAGCUGACUGAGCAAGGCGUGACACGAGAAUCGGCGCAGAUCCUUCAAUGGCUUCCCGUGGCCCCACUCCUCUUCAACACCACCCACAUAACCCGUGGGGUCCUCGAGAUCAACUACACCCUGUCCGGCAUCCCGACCGUGGCCGCCGACAAGGCAUGGCUGGAACUGUACGUGAAUGAGGUCCGAGUCCCGAUCGCGAAUCCAUCCAGCAACGGCACGUUCUUCCAUCAGUCCGUUCUGAGCCCUCGCAUCGACGGCAACUCGACCCUGGCGGUGUUACUUGUGUGGCGCACGUCUAGCGUGGUCGCCGACACGGCCGCGAACGUACUCAUUCGGUCCGUGAAAGUCACGGGCACAACGGAUGGGGGCACGAGUGGAUGUGGCAACUGCCCAACGGGGUACCAACCCACGCCAAACCAAACGACGUGCUCCAUGUGCCCCGCAGGCACGGCCGCCGCCAGGCUGAGUACCGGCGGCAUCGGAUGCACAGAGUGCCCGACUGAUACGUUUUCCUUUGCCGGCGCGGGCAUUUGCACGCCAUGUGGCACCAACACGUACAGUGUGCCAGGAUCUACAAUUUGCAGCGCCAAGCAGCUCCUCAUGGACAACGAAGCGGGACUCAUGUACAACUUGACGGCUCUGCAGGCGUUGGUCGAUCCACUGGUGGACCUCGACGUGGCUUCCGGGUUCCUUCCUGUGUCGCCAUUUGCCUCGACGUCACCAAUUGUGCUGAACGCGACGCUGGCAACCAUGCUCGGAGUCUUCCGCCCCAUCGUGCCCAAGGUCCCCCCGCAAUACGUCGUAGCGUCGUCGUCCCUCGUCAACACUGGGGCCGUCGUGGUGGGAUCCCCACAGAGUUAUGUUGUUGGCUUGGCCAUGUCGAACGCGCGAGAUGCUGGCAGCAGCUUUCUCUACAACGCCGACCGGUUUGGUCUCGUGCAGUGCACUGUCCCGCCGCAAUUCAACCUGUUCAAUGUCGGCGGCAAGCUCGACAUUGUGCCCAUGGCUGGUGGACGGGGCAUUCGAGCCACGUAUGCUCUCGGCUCGCUCUGUAGUACACUUGGUGAUGCCAACAACUAUGGCUACGCCAGCACAACAGUCGAGUUCGUUUGCGACCCUAGUCCCGUCCUCGUGCCAUCGACUGAGUGCAAGUACAAACUCUCAUGGACCACGGCCGCUGCGUGCCCGUUGUGCGACAUCCCUCUCUUCACCCCGACCAAGUCGGCGUGCUCGUUGAUGGGGAACCAGACCGUCACGUAUGCGCCGUCCGUGCCAUGCGUUGGCGGUCGGCAGCCUCCUACUCUCGUCAGCGUGCAAACUUGUGCCAGUAUUACGCUGGACACGGAAACGGCUGGCAUUGCGGCCGGCAUCGUGGUCUUAAUCCUCGUGCUCAUCGUCGGUCUUGUCGCGGGCCUCGUCAUUGUGUAUCGAAAGUACAAAGCGACGUUGGUCGAGUUUAUGUACUUGAAAGGCCAAGUGACCAACCACGAACUCCUCGAGACUGGCAGCACGAGAUCCGCGGAUGGCGCGUACGAGUUCAACCCAAACGCACACACGUUGUCGCCGGAAGCUUCCGUGGCCUCGGCGGACGCCGACGAAGAGGAAGAAGUGAACAUCAAGCCAAAGGCAAAUGUAGUCAUGUAG